CAUGAAAAAAAAACCGGUAUCUCAUUGUACACGACUGAUGCUACACAGUGAGACAUUUUUGACAUUUAAAGAGAAAAAACUACCAGUAAUGGUAAAUGGAUAUACAGUGCAGCUUUUGUGGGAGGCUCUUCAAAAAUGGAAAAAUUCGGACCUGAUUAUUUUUUCGAACAAGAUGUUUACACCAGAUUAACAAUUGAUUCUUUUACUGGUUUCUUAUGUACCGAAAACUAUACCGCCACAGAAAACUGGGGAUUAAAAGACUACACUUUAGCACUAAACUGGGUGCAACAAAAUAUUGAAAAAUCCGGAGGCGAUGUGAAAAAUCUAAUUUUAUUUGGCCAGAGCGCUAGAGCGGCUUGCAUUUCAAUAUUAAUCGAAAGCCCUUUGGCUAGAGGUAGGACAUGUUUUUCGUCAACUUAUAUUCUAGGGCUUUUCCACAAAGCAAUAUUGCAAAGUGGUACCAGUCUGAACCCAUGGGUUUACUCUCAAUGGGUCAAGAAAUCAGUUUACGCUAUGGCUCAUUCAUCUCCUGGAAAUCAACACUAG